AGAGAGAGAGAGGGAAAAAAAUAUUGCUGGGAUUUUCAUAUCGAAAUGAGCCAGGGAGCGAUUUAAUCUGAACCCAGUCCCUGCCCGGCGGCGCCAGCAAAGCCCAGAGGCACAAUUCAGAAAAGAAAAGAAAAAAGGAAACACCACAGGAACAAGGACCCAGCCAGAGAGAGAGAGAGAGAGAGAUCCCUCAAAAUUUGGGCAUCGAUUUUGGAAAUCGGGGGAAAGGAAGAAGAAGGAGGAGGAGGAGGAAAAGGAAGAGGAGAAAGCUCGGGAAGGGAGAGCCGAGGAAGGUUUGAUGUUUAUGGAAGGUAGAACAAUGUCCCGUCUCUCGCUGACCCGCUCCCCUGUGUCUCCUGUGGCAUCUCAAGGCAUUCCACUGCCUGCUCAGCUCACCAAGUCCAAUGCUCCUGUUCACAUUGAUGUGGGAGGGCACAUGUACACCAGCAGCCUAGCGACCCUAACCAAAUACACAGACUCCAGGAUAGGACGGCUUUUUAAUGGGACAGAGCCCAUUGUCCUGGACAGUUUAAAGCAGCACUACUUUAUUGACCGAGACGGAGAGAUUUUCCGCUACAUCCUGAGUUUCCUCAGAACGUCGAAGCUCCUGCUCCCAGAGGAUUUCAAGGAUUUUGGCCUGUUAUAUGAAGAAGCAAAGUAUUACCAGUUACAACCCAUGGUGAGAGAACUGGAGAGGUGGAAACAGGAAAAGGAACACCGAAAGUCCUCGCAGCCCUGUGAGUGUCUGGUGCUGAGGGUAACCCCUGACCUAGGAGAGCGCAUCAGCCUGAGUGGAGAGAAGUCACUCAUAGAGGAUAUUUUCCCUGAGACCGGGGAUGUCAUGUGCAACUCUGUAAACGCCGGGUGGAACCAGGACCCCACACAUGUCAUACGCUUUCCGAUCAAUGGAUACUGCCGGCUCAACUCAGUCCAGGUUCUUGAGCGAUUGCUACACAAGGGAUUUCAUGUGGUGGCGUCCUGUGGGGGUGGAGUAGAUUCCUCUCAGUUCAGUGAAUACGUGCUGUAUCGUCAGGAGAAACGUUUGCAGCUCACACCAACAACAAUCAGAAUAAAACAGGAGCCCCUGGAUUAGCCCAAGCCGAGUCCUUCGGCCACUCCCUUUUGAGCUUUUUUUGUGUUUUUUUUCUCUCUCCACCCGCUC